AUGGCGACUGUUCGCCUUAAAGAUGGGUCUGCCUUAGGAGGCCCUUCCUUUAAAAACAGGACAGUUUCAAUUGCGGACUUUGGCCAUGGCCCGCCCGCACUUCUUGGCUCUUUCUCGCAGUCUAGUAUUGCUUCACACCCAUUCCUGUGGUUUACGGUCACUACGAAAGUGGCUUUCGCUCAAGCUAUCGCCGACCCUCUCGCAGAUACUGCGUCUGCUCUCAGGCAGUCCAUGCAUGACGGUGCAUUUAUCCACACCAAGUACUAUGCCGUGUCCAAGCGUAAAACUUGGAGAAAUCCAGGAGAAAUCCAUUUCGUAUACGCAAACGACGCAGUCCUAACCCACGACAUCGACAUCGUGUCCGUUCCCCUUUUUUACAAAGGAAAUCGUUUACUCGUGCAGUAUCAGAGCCAAUCUGGGCUAAUCAGGGAUGCUGAGCGAUAUGAUUAUGACCUCGAUAGCGACAUUGAAGAGGAGGACGAAGAAGAGAAAGAGAAAGAAGAAGAAGGAGCUCCUAGCAAGACCCCGCCUUAUCAUCAUGACUAUUCUCGUGGGACGGAACAUCUCGAUUUCGAUGCGUCUGAUACUGCUUCCAGUAUUGCUCUAAGUUCGGAUGACCGGGAUGACCUCGGCUCCAUAAAAAAAUUCGUGGCUGGGCUAUUACCUUCACCCGUCCUUCAGACCCACCGAAUAGUGCUAGUUCGCAACACGGCAAUCACGACCUGGGCAUCCUAUGUAUACUAUUGCUACACUGGCCAGGUUUCUUUCUACCCUCUGAAGUCCAAAGAUCCGCAUAGUCGACGCGACAAGACAACUGAUACUCUACGCUGCUCUCCCAAGUCAAUGUACCGACUCGCGGUCAAGCUCGAGAAUGCACGUCUGCAAGCUCUGGCGUUUCAGGCAAUCAAGUCUAGUUUGUCCAAGAGUAAUAUCUUGGAUGAGGCGUUCUCGUGGUUUACAGCACAGUACCAAGACAUUCGAAACAUGGAACUAGAACUCCUGAUGGAGUUCCGUAGCGCCCCUGAGGUAUCAGCUCGUCUGUCGCAGAAUGUUGAAGCUAUUUCCCGGGGAGAAAAACCCCAUGCUUGUGCUAUGCUUCACGCCUUCUUAGCACGCUUGACACAGCUGGGGACAGGUGGUACGCAAUAA